CAGAUUUGUUUUUAAUCUGACCUUUCUUCAAGUUUGGUGAAAUGUAUGGUUAAAUACACCAGCCAACAAAAAAAUGUUUUUACUACAAAUUAUUCUGAGGAAGACUGUGGGUUUUUGUUUAGAGUUUUGUCAGUGUGGACUGGAGUACCCUCUAGCCUUUGGAAAUCCCAUCACUCUCACCGUCAUACCAAAAGAUGUACCUGAAACUCCCCCGACACUGUCCAUUUUGUCCCCUUUGAAGGGCAGUGGAGGGGAUAUUUGUCUGGCCGCCGGGUUUUUUCCUGCAAAAAAGAAUAUGACUCUGAUUGCAAAUGAUAAAAGCUCUGAGACUCAAAGUACCAGCAAUGCCCUCUUGUUUACAAACACCAAAACCUAUUAUUAUGCUGGCUUCAACAAUAAGGAUAUCGAACAAUGCAAAAUGGAUCAAGUUGAGAAAAACAAAGCUCUCAACACUUUCGUAACAGAUAAACCUGAUAGACUGAUUCCACUACACUGUGAAACUAAAUACUCAGAGUUCAAAAACACUGAUGGUCCUAAGGCAAACUCCAUGACCCUUCUUGUGACAGAGGAUGUGCAGAAACAUCUAAGGAUGUGAUAUACAGUGGGAGCAGUAACAUUAAGAAACUGAAAAAGAACCAGCCAUUUUCAAGGUCGGAGAUUCAUGCCUGGCAACUGACUUCACAAGACAUAAUGCUUUGGAUAAGGUGCUGCCAUUCAGUCAAACAAACAA